UCUUGGAGUAGUGGCGGCGGUACAUUCGCGCAUGCGCCUUGCACAGGGAGACGCAGAGGAGACCUUCAGCUAGGGACAGAGCCAUGGCCGUACCACCAAACUACGCAGACCUGGGCAAAUCCGCCCGUGAUGUUUUCAACAAAGGAUAUGGGUUCGGGCUGGUGAAGCUGGAUCUGAAAACAAAAUCCUCCAGCGGAGUGGAGUUUACAAGCAGCGGAUCCUCAAACACAGAUACAGGCAAAGCCUCCGGGAGCCUGGAAACCAAGUACAAGCUGAAGGAGGCCGGCCUCACCUUUACCGAGAAGUGGAACACAGACAACACUUUAGGGACAGAGAUCGCCCUCGAAGACAAGUUGGCUAAGGGCCUGAAGCUGGCACUGGAUACCACAUUUGUACCCAAUACUGGUAAGAAGAGCGCCAAGCUGAAGACCUCCUACAAGAGAGAGUAUGCCAACGUGGGAGUUGAUGUUGACCUGGACCUGGCUGGUCCCACUAUAUAUGGUUGGGCUGUCCUGGGGUACCAAGGCUGGCUGGCUGGCUACCAGAUGGCCUUCGAUACCGCCAAGUCUAGGCUGGCGCAGAACAACUUUGCCCUGGGCUACACAGCAGGAGAUUUCCAGCUGCACACAAAUGUGAAUGAUGGCACCGAGUUUGGAGGGUCUAUCUACCAGAAGGUCAAUAAAGAUGUGGAGACCUCUGUGAGCCUGGCAUGGAGCGCAGGCAGCAACAACACUCGUUUUGGCAUCGGAGCCAAGUACCAGCUGGACUCAAAAUCCACAGUCUCUGCCAAAGUUAACAAUGCAAGCCUGAUUGGAGUAGGCUACACACACAGCCUGCGACCUGGGGUGAAGCUGACCUUAUCUGCUCUGAUCAACGGGAAGAACUUCAGCGCCGGAGGCCACAAGGUGGGGCUGGGCUUUGAGCUAGAAGCAUAAUGUGGUAGUAGGUCAUCUAUGAAGAUCCACCAGCCCUGACCCUUCUCCCCUCCAGAGACUCCCACGAAACAGAUGUGAUAUCAUGUACACACAGUGCUGAGAUGUGUCCUGUAUCUUAAGGAGCAGAGGUUCACAUGGCUGCAGGAUCGGACAACACUGCCCCUGGUGGCUACCUUGAUGUCCACCUCAAUUAGGAUCGGCAGAUGCGUUUAAAUGUCCAUAGAUCCCAUUAAGAAAACCUCUAUAUAGAUGUUUCCUCAUGAAUAUCUGACUCUUACCAUCCUCUGGUCUCUAUUCCGGGAUUCAUUUCCCACAUACACUACAUGCUAGGUAUAGGAGGUCAUAUUUUGAAAGCCUAGUUUGUUUAGUUCUUUGGUGAAUUUCAGUGGUCUCCUGUAACAACCGGCCAUGGCACCCUAGGUUUGUUAUACUACUCUGCUCCCAAGAUAGUUGCUUUACCAUUGAAGUUGUGUGCUCACAUCAGGGUGGAAAAGAGUCCCUGGUCUUUACUGCUCAUGUACUUCUGAGAGAAGGAGCAGUGCACGCCCCAUUGUCCAGAGUGUCCUCAUAAAGUAUUGUAAUAAAGAUGGCCACCCACACAA